GCUACAACCACUAUCGGCUUGACUUGCCCGAAAGCGACAACUGGCUGGAUUCUUCAGCCCUGGACCAGUGGAACAGUGCUGAAAAGCUGAAAGUUGGCAACAACACAUCCAUCAUGCCGCUGGCGAAGGCAAUCAUCUCCCACACCAAGCCGAUGCCCCAGCAUGGGGUGUUGCUGGUGGAAACUGUCCUGCGAGGCGACAGGGAUCAGAAGCGGCUUCGAGUUUCACACCUGGCGAAUGCUGUCGCGAGAGCUCACGCCUGGCAGGUUCGGCCAGUCGACGAGUCCCUGCCGACACGGCCCUUCGACUGCGCCGCGCGCAUUCGUAACACAGG